CGACGACCAGAGGUUCUCCCAUCGGCAGCGCCGCCGGCGACCCUGAAAGCGGCUUCUUCCUUUGAAAACGUUACCCUAGCAGACCGUUCUCCUGCCUUCCUCCUCGCGCCAGAGCCUCAUCUUCAGGGUGUGAAGGUUCAGAUACCUCAAGCUAUGAGGUCAAAGUUUUGAACUUAAAUUUCCUUCAUAUUCAUGCUUUGUGAAUCUUCUGUGCAAUGAGAUCGGUAUCUUCCAUCAAUUUCUCUUUAUUCCAUCGACACAGACUCUGCAAUUUCCUGUCCUCAAAACAAUUAUCUGAGGCUGAUUUAAGCAACCACUUUUCUGAAAAAUUCCGGUUGUCGUCCCUUUUUCUUGAGAAUGUUUCAUCAACAACCCAUUCAGAUGGAAGUUCAUGUUGUAUGGAACCUGAGGUUACCGAGUCCACUAACUGCACUGAAGGCAGUCCAGUUAUAUCGAAAAAUCAUGUCAUGGACACCCUUCUAAGAUACCUGACUGAGCCUCAACUGGCGUUGAAGUUCUUUAAAGAACAGAGUGGUUAUGUAGAUUGUAUUGAUGUUUUCUGUUUGUUGCUUCAUAUUCUAACACUCAACUCUCAGACUCGUAAAGCUGCUAGGAUUUUGCUCAAUAAUUAUCUUUUGAAAAAUUUGUGCGGUUCCCCAAUGGUGCUUAUGGAACGCCUGGCUGAAUUGGAGAAAAGGUACGAUCUGAGAUCAGAUCCUUGCGUUUAUAGUUAUUUGUUGAAUAGCUGUGUUAGAGCUAAUAAAAUAAGAAGUGCUGUUGAUUGUUUGAAAACAAUGUUUGAGCAUGAUGUGUAUCCUUGGGUUCCACAUAUAAAUAUCCUUCUGACGGCAAUGCUUAGAAGAGAUAUGAUUGAUGAAAUACAUGACCUACACGAUGAAAUGGUUAAAAGAGAAAUCUAUGGUGAUCGCUAUACAUUGCAUGUAUUAAUGCGUGCAUGUUUGAAAAAAGGGAAGCCUGAGGAGGCAGAGAAGUAUUAUGAACAGGCAUUGGAUAGAGGAGUGGAACUUGAUGCAGCAGCAUAUAGCAUAGUUAUUAAGGCUGCUUGUCAGAGGCCCUGCCUAGAUUUGGCACUGAAGCUAUUAAAGGUGAUGAAAGAUCUGGGAUGGACGCCAUCUGUGGGUACAUACACAUCUGUGAUUUGUGCUUGUGUGAAGAAGAGAAAUCUUGCAUGGGCAUUGAUACUAAAGGAAGAGAUGGUGAACAGUGGUAUACCAAUGAACAUAGUUGUUGCCACGAGUUUGAUGAAAGGGUUUUGUGUGAAAGGGGAUGUGGCUAGUGCAUUACACUUGUUUGAUGAGAUUAUUGAGGCUGGCCUCACUCCGAACAAGGUUACUUUCUCUGUCUUGAUUGGAUGGUGCUCAAAGAUUGGGACUAUGGAAAAGGCAUAUGAACUUUACUGCCAAAUGAAACUCAUGGGCAUCCAGCCCACUGCCUAUAUUAUUAGUGACCUCUCACGGGGAUUCUUGAAAGUGAAUUUGGUAGAAGAUGCAUAUAAAUUGUUUGAUGAGGCUGUUGAUAAUGGCAUUGCUAACGUAAUUACUUAUAAUAUCUUCUUAUCCUGGCUUUGUAAAAAGGGUAAGGUUGACGAGGCUAGUAACUUAUGGGAUAAGAUGAUGAACAAGGGUAUUGUACCAACACUAGUUUCCUACAACAUCAUGAUGCUUGGUUACUGUAGAAAGGGUUGCAUGGAUGGCGCACUUAAUUUGAUGAAUGAGAUUCUUAAAAUGGGUUUAAAACCAAAUGCCAUUACUAACACUAUCUUGAUUGAUGGUUUCUUCAAAAUAGGUGACUUUAAACAUGCGUUAGGUGUGUUUGGCCAGAUGGAGGCUGCAAAUAUUGCACCUGCAGACUUCACAUUCAAUACCAUUAUAAAUGGCAUGUGCAAAGUUGGCCGAAUGUCUGAGAUGAGGGAUAUGCUGAACAAGUUCGUUGAGAUGGGCUUUAUUCCUACUUCAAUCACUUAUAACAGCAUCAUAGGUGGAUAUGUCAAGAAAGGUGACAUAGAUUCAGCAAUGUCAACCUACAAGGAGAUGUGUGAAAAUGGAAUUUCUCCCACUUCUGUCACUUAUACCAGUUUAAUUGAUGGAUAUUGCAAAUACAGUAACAUUGACCUCGCUUUGAAAAUGCAUAAUGAGAUGAAAAACAAAGGGUUGAAAUUGGAUAUUAUUGCAUACAGUGCUCUCAUUGAUGGUUUCUGCAAAAGGCAAGAUAUGGAAAAUGCAAGCAAAUACUUCUCUGAACUUCUGGAGGCUGGUUUGCGUCCGAACAAAAUUGUUUAUAACAGCAUGAUUAGUGGCUUCAGAAAUUUGAAAAAUAUGGAUGCAGCAAUUGAAAUGCAGAAGAAAAUGAUAAGUGAGAAUAUUACAUGUGAUUUGCUGACAUACACUACCCUGAUUGAUGGAUUUCUUAAAGUGGGUAAAUUGAGUUUUGCUUUAGAUAUUUACUCAGAGAUGCGUUCCCAGGGCAUUCUGCCUGAUAUCAUAUUGUAUACUGUUUUGAUAAAUGGACUGUGUAAUGAAGGGCAGCUAGAGGAUGCUUGCAAGAUGUUAAAAGAAAUGGAUCGAAAUAAUAUAGCUCCUACAGUACUUGUUUAUAACACUUUAAUUGCUGGACAUUUUAGGAAGGGGAAUUUGCAAGAGGCUUUUAGACUGCAUGAUGAGAUGCUUGAUAGGGGUCUUAUUCCUGAUGACUCUACCUAUGAUAUUCUUGUAUGUGGAAAGUUAAAAGGAUCAUAUCUUCAAUGUGGGGUGUAAGUCUUGAAGAACCAUCAACUGGGCCAAUAUUCGUAGUUUUGGUGAUCAUAAGUUUCAUCCUCUAUUGGGACCCAAGUGCAAAGCGAGGGACUCGAGUCUCCCAUUGGAAGCAUGAGAUUUGGACGUGGGAUUUGUAGACUUUGUGCUUAUCAACCUUACAAGCUCGUUUUUGGGGUUUGAUUCUCUUAGAGUCCAAAGUUCCUAUCAAUUGGUAUCACAACCUUCCAUUAUGUCCCAGGUGCAGCCAUGUAGCACAAGUGAAUGAGUAAUGACAUUGAUAUUGUGUUAGCUGAGGGCUAGGAAGCUAGUGUUAAGCAGCGUGGAGGAAUGUUAGGAUUCAGUUGCAAGGUACGAGAUUUGAGUCUCAGUAUAAAAUUUUGAUACUUAGCUCAUGAGGUCAUUGUAUUUACCAAUCUCUAGUUAGCUUUUUGUUUGGUAUAGUUGGCCCAACAGUUUCCAUCAACCUGCACAAUGGAGAAUACAGGACUGCAGAUAUUUAACGAUAGAAAGGUUCAGGACACGGAUUCACAUUAAAAGAAUUAUACAUAAGCGUUUAUUUCACAGUGAACACUUUUCCCCCAACCCAUAUGAUGUUGACAUGAAUGUAUCAUAGAGAUUUAUAUUACUGUGUCCCAGGACUGCACGCAAGAUUGCUUGCAGUAUGCAGCAUUGUUAUUCUUGAAAUAUAAAAGUACAGCAGUUUUCAUUUUGGC